GCACCCGGGGGGCCGCGCGCCAGACUCUCCCCGCACACCACACACGCACGCACACGCAGAACGCACGGAACGCACAGACACAGAGAAAGAGAGAAAGACACCGGCCCCUGUCCGCCUCUCAAGCCCCCUCCCCCCACCCACUCCCUCCGACACGAUAUCACCAUGUUCUUCAAGGUGACCGACACUCUCUUCAUUGGCGACUACAUCGCCUCGCAGCAGCGCGCCCGCCUGGACCGGCAUGCCAUCCGGCAGAUCGUGUACCUGGGCGAGAUUGCCGAGGUGGCGGACCGCCGCCGGCCGGACGGCUCGCUGCCCGAGCUGGAUGCCGUCACCAAUCUGAAGGACAUUCGCGUGACCGCGGUGGAGAUCCCCCCCAUCAGCCAGACGUGCGAGUGGUCCGACGACGCGGCCGCCCUGGACAGCCAAUCGGCCGGGCCGUACCUGGUCCCCUUCGCCACGCAGGUGCUGGACCUGCUGCGGCCGGUCGACCAGGAGCCCGGCGCCUUGGCCGAUGCCACGCUGCUGUGCUGCGACCUGUCCCUCAGCGUGGCGGCUUUCUUCGCCGCGGCGGCACUGUACCGCGACCUGGCCGAGGCCCCGGCGGACGAGGUGGCCGCGAUCCUCGAGGACCAUGCCCCGGCCCCGGCCGAAGAUGGCACCCCAAUCGACAUCCUCCCCGGCCUGGUGGCCUUCCUUGCGGAGAAGGAGCCACGCGCCCUCCUCCCCGGGGAGUUGGUUGCCCAGCUGCGGAAUUUCCGCGACAUGGGCUUCAAGCUGGACAUGAACAACCCGGUGUACCGGCGCCGGCGGCUGUACGACAUCGCGGCCCUGCGCCAGGACUUCAACUUCGUGGCCGCCGAGCCGAUCUACGGCCAGGACCCGCAGGCCACGCGCGCCGUGUCCAAUCAGAAGCUCCUGCUGCGGUGCCGCCAAUGCCGCCGGCCGCUGGCCGACGCGGACCACAUCCUGCCGCAUGAGCCGCUGACCGGCGGGACGGGGGCCGAUGCCGGGGCCGGGGCCGGCGAUUCGUCGGCUCCGGGGCGCCUGCUGCGCAAGGGCCUCGCCUCGCACCGGUCCUAUCGGGCGGACUACUCGCACUCGGUGAUGGUCAGCCACCAGGGGGACCUGGCCGCGUCGGCCACGCCGGUGACGCACGCCGGGCCGGAAUCCCCGCUGGCCCGGGCCCUGCGCCCCUUCGGCGGGUCGCUCUGUAGCUCCUUCUUCGUGGAGCCCAUGGAGUGGAUGCUGGAUGUGACCGGCGAUCCGUCGGCCAUGCAGGGCAAGAUCGCCUGCCCGAAUGCCAAGUGCCAGACCAAGCUCGGGGGCUUCUCCUGGAUCGGCCACCAAUGCCCGUGCGGCGACUGGGUGGCCCCGGCCUUCAUGCUCAACCGCAGCAAGGUGGACUGCGUGCUGCCGACGCAGUCGCUGGGUGCUCUGACCAGCCAGCUGCGCAUCAGCCGGCAGCCCGUGCCGCGUCCGGGCCCGGCUCAGUGACCUGGGGCGCGUGAGUGCCUCCGCUGCAUGUGUGUGUGAGAGAGAGAGAGAGAGAGGGAGGGAGAGAG